AUGUCGUCUCCAUCUCAACCUCUGUACCCACGAUACCUACCCACCCGCAAAGAGGGCUACACACCCACCGUCAAUAUCCCGUACUUCGAAGCGGACGAGCGUGGUCUGCACGCUGAUCCGGAUCUUCCUGCUUUGGUCAAUGAGAACACCAAGAUGACACUUGUGACCCCUCGAGUGGGUACCGAGAUCUCGGGUGUGCAGCUUUCUCAACUUAGUCCGGCUGGUUUGGAUCAGGUGGCUCUCCUAGCCGCUCAGCGAGGUGUGGUCGCUUUCAGAGACCAAGACUUUGCCGACAUUGGGACUGAUAGACAACGAGAAAUUGUGAGAUACUUUGGUCCCCUACACUUGCAUCCUACUAUGGGCUAUCCGGAGGGCACCGGACCCGAAUUUCACGUCAUUUAUGCUGAUGAAGAGCAUGGUUCUCUUCGAGAUCUCCUUGGCCCGCAUACCAGCUACGAUCUCUGGCACGUCGAUCAAACUUUCACCCCCAACACUCCCGGUACCACUUUCUUUUGGGUUCUCGAGUCUCCAGUGUCAGGCGGAGGAGAUACUGCUUUCACCAACCUAGCGGCUGCGUACGAGGCUCUCUCUCCGGCUUACCGCUCCACCUUGCAUGACCUAGAACUGCAUCAUACGUCGGCCUCGGUGGGAGAGAUUGGUCGAGUCGGUCAAGAACGAGCCCUGAAAGAAGCCGUCAACACCACCCACCCGCUCGUCAUCGAACACCCUGUGACAAAGAACCCGGUGUUGUUCAUCAAUCCCACCAUCGCCAGGUCCGUCGUUGGUUUCAAGCCAGAGGAGAGUGCGCAUCUUCUCGACUUUCUCCACAACCACAUAAAAAGUCUUGACUUUUCCUGCCGAUUGAGAUGGGAACCGGGUACUGUGGUCGUUUGGGAUCAGCGUACGGUUGCACAUUCAGCCGUACCGGACUUUGCAGAUGGUUCUAGACGACAUAUGGUCCGUAUGAUUCCGUACGGGUCCAAGCCUAAGGCGGUUACGGUACCGAACUAG